AUGAUGACCAAUGGCACCGAGAACUUCCCCUCCAGGAGCGCCUUCAUUGUAACGCCCUUGCUCGUGGCAUUUACCAUGCUCCAGAACAACAAUCAGGCCGCCGAAGCACUGCUAUCCGGGCUCAAGGUUUUACAAGAGCUCGCGCCGGGGUCAGAUUCGGCGUGCUCACGAGGCCUCAAGCUCAUCCGCGUCCAAUACGACACAUUAUACAUUUGGGCCGCGGAAGCCUUGGAUCGUACUCGCCUGGGGUUUGACGCCCACAACACUGAGUUCGAGAGCAUCGUGAAACUCUGUGCGGAGCUUUUAGGACGGGGCUUCGGUCAUAGCGAGAGCGACACGAACAAGCGAAGCACGCCCAAUCAGUACUCGCCGGCUCCAUGCACAGGAUAUACCUUCGAGAGCUUUGGCGUGGUAGCGGUGCUUGGGUUUGUCAUCACGCGGUGUCGAGUCGGCACUAUACGACGGACAGCUGUGGGCCUUCUCGAGCGGAUCUGGUGGCGUGAGAAUGGCUGGGACACGACCGCGACUUGUCAAGGCGCCAAGGCAUUGAUAGAGCUGGAAGAGCAAGGCGGUGUCCGUGGUGCGGACGGCGAGCUGUACAUCCCCCCCGAGUCGAGGUAUUACUGGGGGAAUGCCCGAUGGGAGAACGACCUACCCGCCAGCCAGAAGCUGAUCUGCACUUUCGCACAGCGCAGGCCGGACGAGCUCGGCGCGGUGUUCGAGGUACCAGUCAUGAUCGAUCUUUCAGCACCGGGCUUGACAACCACAGACGGGAAAUAA